GUAGCCAUUAUCAGCAGCAUUCACAUCGGAGGAGAAUUACUGGCCGGCUCCUUCACUCCUGUUUGAACUUCAGACACUGCAGAAAACAGGCGGCUAAUACGGUUAAAAUGUUCAGAAGAUCGCUGGUAAACAUUGGACUGCGAGUGAACCGCCAACAACUUGAAGGGAUUCAGAGUGUGACCGAGGGACUGAAUCCAGUGAAGUAUGGAGACGUCCGCCGCCGCGACUCAUCUACCACCACCACCACCUCCGUGAUGGGUGACAACGUUAAACUGAAAACGAUGGACGAUUUAAGCGGGCCAAGUUUCAUGUAUACCUUAUACUGGCUUUUUGUAAAGGGGUAUCUGCAAACGGCGCAACAAAUGCAAAUUGAGCACAGCAAGAUCUACGGUCCUCUGUGGAAGUCAUCAUAUGGCCCUCUGGUCGUGGUGAACGUGGCCAGCGCUGAUCUCAUAGAGCAGGUUCUGAGGCAGGAGGGGAGACACCCAGUACGGACGGACAUGCCCCACUGGAGGGAGUACAGAGAGCUCAAGAACAAGGCCCACGGACCCCUGACAGAAAUGGGUGCCAACUGGCAGCGCAUCCGCAGCAUCCUGAAUCCUCGGAUGCUGAAGCCCAAACACGUCUCCUCCUACACUAACACCAUCAAUGAGGUGGUGACAGACUUCAUUGACAGAGUGGACUUUCUGAGGGAAACCAACGGCCAGGGAGUCAUGGUCAAUGACUUGACAGGAGAACUCUACAAAUUUUCUUUUGAAGGGAUUUCUUCAGUGUUGUUUGAGACCCGUAUGGGCUGCAUGGAUGAGGUGGUGCCUGAGGAAACCCAAAAGUUCAUCAUCUCCGUGGGGGAAAUGUUCCGGCUUUCCCCAAUCGUCAUCCUCUUCCCCAAGUCCACCUGGCCUUACCUUCCUUACUGGAAACAGUUUGUGUCAGUCUGGGACCAUCUCUUUAAAGUCGCUGAAGAGUUGGUGCAGAAGAAAAUGGAGGAGAUCCAGGAGAAAGUGCACUUGGACCAGAACGUAGAGGGAGCGUACCUCACACACCUGCUGCUCAGUGAUCAGAUGACGGUCACUGAGAUCCUGGGCAGCAUCACAGAACUCCUGCUGGCAGGUGUCGACACAACCUCCAACACUAUCUCAUGGUCUCUGUACCAACUGGCAAAGGAGCCAGAGAUCCAAGAACAGUUGUACCAGGAAGUGAUACGUGUUUGCCCAGGAGAUAAGGUGCCAAGCAGUGAUGACAUCGCUCAGAUGCCGUACCUGAAGGCCAUCAUCAGAGAGACGCUACGGCUGUAUCCAGUGGUACCAGGAAAUGCCCGUGUCACUGUUGAAAAUGAGAUUGUGGUGGGAGACCAUCUCUUCCCUAAAAAGACUCUGUUCCACCUGUGCCACUAUGCUGUGUCCUAUGAUGAGAAUAUUUUCCCUGACCCCCACACCUUCCUGCCACAGCGCUGGCUCAGGGUUGCGGAGGAGAAGUCCAAGCCGCACCCAUUCGGGUCAGUGCCAUUUGGUUUUGGUAUCCGGGCGUGUCUGGGAAGACGGGUGGCUGAGCUGGAGAUGUAUCUCCUCCUUUCCAGGUUGAUAAAACGUUAUGAGGUGAGGUCGGACCCUGCCGGAACCAUAGUCAAGCCAAUCACCAGAACUCUGCUUUGCCCUGCUAAACCAAUCAAUCUGCAGUUUCUGGACAGAAGAGUCCAGCAGGAGGAGCAGAGUGCAUGAGUUCCUCUGUGAGCUGUUUGUAUUCACACUGUGUUGCCUGCCUGUCACCAAGCAAGUUUAUAAAGAAUUCACAGGACUGGCUGGAAUGCAGUUAAUGCAAUGGAAUAAAAUACAAGCUGGUUGAAUAUGUAAUACGUUAUACAGUAAUGAGUAUAAUGCUGUAUGUACAGAAUUUGAAUGUUUUUUUUAAAUGUAAAUACAAACACUUUAACCCACAACACUCAUAAUAACAGUUUUCCUCUGGGGAUUUAUUUAGUUUAAGUUCCACAAAUGCAAUAUGUUUUCUCAGUUGUUUGGGGUGUUGCCUUGGAGCAGAGCUUUUCCGCCCUGCCCAUUGGGUUCACUGAAAACAUAAAUUUUUAAAAAGGGUUCUAUAAAAUAUAGUAAAUUUUUUUUAAUUUAAACAACUUUUCAUGUUUCCCCCCCCCCCUGUUUUCCUGUAUAAAAUGGUGAAGUAUGUUAAUUAGUUGUAUACUAACUUCAAGAAUAAUAUUCUUCGACAAAAAGUAUAUCGUAUUGAGUUUUUGCAUGUAAUUGUGACAAUCAAUCAGUUUUAUUGACCAAGUGUGUGCACACAUACAAAGAAAGUUACUCCAGUUUUAAGUUGCUCUCAAUUUCACACAGUUCCACAAACAAUUUUCAGCAGAAUAGAAAUAGACAUACAGUUAAAUAUACGAACAACUAAGCUAAAUAAAAAUAUAUACAUAUACAUAGAACUUUUGUGUACAUAGGCCUGUAAGUAGGUGAAGAAAUUGGUGUAUAUGUAAAUGUGUCUAAAAAGCAACGAUGACCAGUAGGUGGUCAUAUACAGUAUAUAUAGGCAAACAUGUCUAUGUAUAUACAGUGUGGGGGAUUUAUAUUUGACAGUGAUUAUAUGUACAUCUUGAAGAAGAUACGAUCAUUAUAAUUACGUUGUUUUGACAAGCAAACCUGUCUCCUGCCACCAUGAGAAAUAAAAUAAACUAAGUUUCUUGUUA